AUGAGCGCACCCGACCACUCGCCCAUAGCGUCUACCUCGGCCCUCGAGCCCCCACCUCAGCUCGCCUCGUUCGCCUCGCUCGGCGUCGAGCCCUUCCUCGUGCGCGCACUCGCCGCCAUGGCCAUCCGCAAGCCCACCGCAGUCCAGGCGGCGUGCAUCCCGCCCAUCCUCAAAGGCGCCGACUGCAUCGGUUCCGCCCAGACUGGUUCCGGCAAGACGAUCGCCUUUGCCCUCCCGAUCCUCCAGGGCCUCGCGCGCGACCCGUACGGCUUCUACGCCAUCGUCCUCACCCCGACUCGAGAACUCGCGUUCCAGAUCUCGGAGCAGUUCCGCGUCCUCGGCGCCGCCGUUAACCUGCACUCGACCGUCAUCGUGGGCGGCAUGGACAUGAUGACCCAGGCCAUCGAGCUCCGCAAGCGCCCGCACGUCCUCAUUGCCACCCCGGGCCGACUCGUCGACUUGAUCAAGAGCAACCAGGGCGAGUGGAGCCUCAAGCGCGUCAAGUACCUCGUCCUCGACGAGGCCGACCGUCUUUUGACGCCGACGUUCGCCCCCGAGCUGUCGUUCAUCAUCGACCAGCUCCCGUCGCACUCGGAGCGCCAGACCCUCCUGUUCACCGCCACCGUCACCGACCCGGUCCUCGCGCUCCAGUCCAAGCCCCAGGCGCCGGGCAAGCCCAAGGUGUUUACGCACGUCAGCCGCGACAUGAUCACGACGCCGGCGGGCUUGACGCAGCGCUACGUCUUUGUCCCGAGCCAGGUCAGGGAGACCUACUUGACGUACCUCCUCCUGCACCUGACGGACCUCACGGGUGCACAACCGCUCCACGCCGCCGCGCCACCUGUCGAAGAUUCGUCGCGAGGCAAGCGCAAUGGCGGCGGUGGCGGCAAGCGCUCGACGACGACCUCGACCGACGCCGAUUCGACGCCCUCCCUCCCGCAAACCAUCCUCUUCGUCGCGCACUGCCGCACCGCCGCCCUCCUCCACGCGCUCUUCUCAUCCCUCCCCUCGCCAAUCCCCUGUACCGCCCUCCACUCGCACCUGUCGCAGUCGGAGCGCCUCGCGUCGCUGUCGACGUUCCGGCGCCAGGCGGUCCCGCUCCUGAUCGCGACCGACGUCGGCUCGCGCGGCCUCGACAUCCCCGAGGUCGCCGUCGUCGUCAACUGGGAGGUGCCGCGCGUCGCCGACGACUACGUGCACCGCGUCGGUCGCACGGCGCGUGCGGGCAGGAAGGGCACGGCGGUCACGUUCGUCACAGAGGGCGACGUCGAGCUCGUGCAGGGGCUCGAGGAGCGCAUCGGGACCCAGCUCGAGGAGCUCGAGCUGCCUGAGGAGCCGGUGCUCGAGCUUUUGAGCGCCGUGUCGAUGGCAAAGCGCAUGGCCAACAUGGACCUGAGCAAGGACGGCUUUGGCGCGCGGCAGGAGAACAACCGCAAGAAGCACGGCGGCGGCGGCGCGAGGGACAACAACAAGAGCGCGCAGGCGGCGGGCAAGGGCGGCGCGGUCAAGGGCAAGCGUGUGGGAGCGGGAGCGGGAGCAGGGGCGGGCAAGAAGGGCAGCGAGCGCGUGAGGAGCGAGAGGGGCGCGCAGGCGAGGGUCGAGAAGGCGCUCUGA